GCCAAGUGACGCUGAUGGCUGCGAGGCUCUAGAAGGAGCGCUAGUUGCUCCCAGCUUAACAGGCAAGGAGAAGGUCGCUCCGCACUCAGAUUCUUUUUCCUCUUCCUCAAGCCCACAAGCAACCUUCCGACCUCUCCUCUCUCCCCUGUGCUCUCCGCCGCCGCCGUCCUGCCUCACCCCAUCUCCUUCCCUUGUCCGGCGCUCCACCCAUCCGCUCUCCCCAUUUUUGUGCGAAACCCGCGAUGGCGGCGGCUGAUUGAUGUGGGAUUUGGCGGUAGCGACGGGGGCCUCAAGCAGGGAUACGAGGAGAAAAGAAGAUGGUCCUAGAGCACGAGGCGGGGAUCCAAAAUAGAUCCCGGGAUCAGCAUCAUGGCCGCGGAGACAACGGCCUUCUUUUUUUUUGUUUGGCGGAAUGACAAAGGCCUUCUUCGACUCCAGACUGACCGCAGCCACGACGUUCCCGUGUGCCUCGCGGCGAGGUGGGCCAAGCUGGCGCAUACGGCAAAGAGCGGCUGCGGCACCAGUGGAGCUGCGGCUGGUGGUGGAUGGCCGCGAAAUCGACUGGUGGCGCCGUCGUGGAAAGCUUCCACGCUCUGCAGCCGCACGGCGAGUCUUCCUCCUCCUCCUGCUGGGUCACAGAUUAGUUCAAUAUACUGUUAGUGAGCGAGCAAAGGACGAAUAAUUAUUAGCAGGUUCCUGUUCUUGACACUCCUGAUGUUGUUUUCUAGAGCAAUGCUAUUGCACGCUAUGGUAUAUAGUUGCGAUAGGCUAGGCACUGGGUCUGGAGUUGAAGGCCGGCCGCCGGCCAAAAACCCUCCUUUUGCCAUUCUCAUCUCCAUGCUCCUCGGUGUUCUCACUUCUCAGGGCCGGAGAAGCACAAUGGCGUCGCUCGCCGGAGCCGCACUCGCCUCCUGCAGCAUCCUUCUCCUCCUGCUCGUCUCCUGCGCCCAGGGCCAGGGGCAACCACCCGAGGCGCCGGAGGAGGCUUGGCCCGAGGGGCAACCACCGGAGGCGCCGGAGGAGGCUUGGCCCGAGGGGCAACCACCGGAGGCGCCGGAGGACGCUUUGACGAUGCUCUUGUCCAAGGGCGGGUGCGGCGCCUUCGCCGGCCUCGUCGCUGCGACGGCCGGCGUGGGCGACGCGUUCCGCGAGCAGAUCGGCAGCGACCUGGGGCUCACCAUCCUCUGCCCCGACGACGAGGCGGUGGGGACGUUCAUCCCGAGGUUCCAUGGUCUCACCGUCGACGAGCAGGUCGCGGCCCUCCUGUACCACGGCCUGACGAUGGCUUACUCCGAGGAGCUGCUCAGCUGGGUUCACCGGGAGGUGUUGACGCUUGAUGGGGAGCAGAUGCUCACCGUCCGUCACCACAGAGGCAGGGUGAUACUUUCUUCGUGGCCGCAGUCGACACGGAACAAGGCCAGGAUCACCAAGACGGUCGUCGACGACGACCAUCUCGCCGUCUACCUCAUCGACGCCGUGCUGAUUCCGGCAGAUCUCAAGCGUCGAAGAGUUGUGGCACUUAUCGUCAUUAUUAUUCUGGUACUUGUUGUCGGCGGGCUCGUGGCGUUAUUCUUGCGGUUUCAUGCACUUGUAUAUCUUGGUUCUCUUGUGUGCCGGCUGACAAGAUGGUGUAAGGGUCGCGCUGCUGCCUACGCUUCGGCCGCCCGUGUCACUCCACAUGGGCAAGGACAACAAGAACAUUAGUCUGUGGCCGCUUCGGAGUGCCUCGCCUCCCCGGGUCGUUCCUUCGUACUUAUUUCCGUUCGUGGUGACAGAUUUCACGGGUGUUUCCUCUGUCUUCGAUGCAUAUAGUGGUGUUCAGCGGGGUGGUGGCAUGGUCAGUUGAUGAAACUGCAGGAUCUAGAUCGUGUUAUUUUUCUAUGCAUAUAGUAUACUUAUAUAUAUCUUUUGCCGGGAACACUUUCUAUGUAUUUUGUGUUUACUUACUUAUGGAUCUAGGCUUCGUUUGAUGUAACGAGAUACUGGUGACCAUGAGUUCGAUAUGUAGUGGAGUAGUAGCAUUGGAACUUCUA